UGCAGAUUUUGUUUUGUUUACCGGACUAUUUCAUUUAUUUUUCAGAUCUAUCCGCAAUCUAAUUGUUUUUUUCAAAGGUGCAACAAUGUCUGAUGAUGAUUACAUGCCACCCCCGAUUGCCCCGAAGGGAGAGCCAAAGCCCAAAAGCAAGAUUUCAGCCUCCCGCAGGCUAUCGUUGAAGAUCCUGUUACUGACUCGUGCAUCAGAACAACUGGAGGCAGAGAAAGAAGCGAGAGAGGAAAAUAAGGUCCAGUACCUGGGAGAGAAUCUCCCACCGCUCCAGCUCUCCGGUUUGCAAUUGGAGGAAAUGCAGAAAAUCUGUAAGCAGCUUCAUGAAAAGAUUGAUAAGGUGGACGAGGAUCGGUACGACUGUGAGGCCAAAGUCAUCAAGAACAACAGAGAUAUCCACGAAUUGAAUCUAAAGGUGCGUGACCUCGGAGGGAAGUUCAAGAAGCCAGCUCUGAGAAAAGUGAGAGUGUCUGCUGACGAGAUGCUAAAGGCUCUCUUCGGAUCCAAAACCAAGGGCUCCAUGGACCUGAGGGCAAACCUCAAGUCUGUAAAGAAAGAGGACAUCAAACAGGAGAAGGAGCUGAACAACGAGGUGGGUGACUGGCGUAAAAACGUGGAGGCCAUGUCUGAUAUGAAGGGCAGGAAGAAGAUGUUUGAUGCAUGAGAAAAAGAAAACGAGUGAAAUUGUUACUAUAAAUAAAUAUUUAUACAUAAUGUUAAAA